AUAAAUAACAUCAGCACAAAAACAUGCCUCGGUGUUCUUAAGAUGCAGAACCUCACAUGCACUGUGAAUAUCCCUGUGGAUAAACCCCUGAUGACAACAUCUGCAUCAAAACCCUUGACUACUGCUGAGAAAGAAGAACCAGAAACCAUUAUAUUGAUCUGGAUGUGGCCUUUUGGUGUUAGCUUUGGCUUAGGACCCUGCAGUUCGGCUUACAAUAUCCAUGGCUGUCGUUUAACAGAUGACAGAAGUCUGUUUAACCAAGCACACGGGGUUAUGAUUCAUCAUAGAGAUAUCAGUGGGGAUUUAUCCAACAUGCCGAAACUUCCACGACCUGCCAUCCAGAAGUGGAUAUGGUGGAAUAUGGAGUCUCCAAGUAAUUCAGGUUUAUAUCCCCCGCUAAAGGAUCUGUUUAAUCUGACUUCAAGUUACCGCCAUGAUUCAGAUAUUCCUGUACCUUACGGUUGGCUCUCAGAGGCCACAGAGGAAGAGAAAAAUUAUACUAUCCCAAAGAAGGAUAAAUUAGUUUGCUGGGUAGUAAGUCACUAUAAUCCAAACUUUAGGCGUUCGCAAUACUUUACUGAGUUAGUGAAAUACAUUGAUGUGGAAGUCCAUGGAGGACACUUCAACAAACGAAUUAAUAAUGAUGAUUAUUUAAAUUUGAUGUCCACUUGCAAAUUCUACUUGUCAUUUGAGAAUUCCAUUCAUAGAGACUACAUAACUGAGAAGCUGUUCAACCCUCUUGCGAUUGGGACCGUUCCUGUCGUUAUUGGCCCACCGAGAGAGAACUAUGAGCAGUUCAUACCCAGUGAAGCCUUCAUCCAUGUGGAUGACUUUCCAUCCCCAAAAGAACUGGCUGAUCAUCUGAAACUCAUGGACCAAAACGAGGACCUGUACAGGCAGUACUUCACCUGGAGAGAGCAUUUUGUUUCAAAGGGAACAUCAUUCGGUCUUGCCCAUGCCUGUCGGAUUUGUGAUCAUAUUAAAAGGAAUAAGCACUACGCAGUGGUCAAAGAUAUCAACAGCUGGUACUGGGGUUAGAGGGGCAUUUUAAGACAACGCUGACUGACCAGCGUUAUAUUUAUAAACCAUUAUAAAUGUAUGGAAAAUUAUGUUAUUUUAUACCUGUUUGGGGCAGGGAUUAAAAUGGUUCAAAGAACAAAAUCAAACAUGUUUU